AUUGAAUGAAUUUAUUGCUACAAAACAAAAUAAAGAAAUGACAAAUUUUGAUAACAUUGUAGAAUACACUUCAUGGUUAUCUACAGAUUUUGGACCUUCAACAAGUGAAAAUUUGUUGGGAAGAGAAAAUUUUGAAUUGGAAUAUUACAGACGUUGGCUAGAAAAUUGGUUAAAUGUUGAUGGAAAUUUGACCAAACUUUCUAAUUUUUAUAAUGUCCCACUUCGUGAUAUUUCUGAAUUUUUAAAUGUUAGACGUGAAGAAAUUAGUCAAUUGGAACGACAAAAACGUCAGAUGGAUAGAAUGGCUGAUUUAGCGAGGAAGGAAGAAAAAACAGCUCGAAUGGUUGAUUUAAGUAUACAAACAGGCGUACUUAGCCGUGUUGUUCAAACUUUGGGAGAAGAAUUGGUAGGCCUUGGAUUCGACCCAUUGAAACAAAAAAGAAACGCCUCGCAUAAAACUUAUGAUAAACAGAUGAAAGUACCAGACUCUUUAAAUAUUGUGGAAACAUUGGAAGUCGAUUAUUUAACUAAUCCAGCAUUUUCAAUUGCACGUGUGCCGUUGCAAAUGCUGACUACGGAUAAUGAAGAAGAGGAAGAAGAAAAGGAAAUAUAG